AACAGCUGGCACGAUAUGGAGAGUCGGAACAAGAUGGAGUUUUUCCAGAAACUGGGCUACAGCCAGGAGGACGUGGUCAGGGUGCUGGGCAAACUGGGUGACAGUGCCCUGGUCAAUGACGUGCUGCGAGAGUUGAUCCUGACCGGCAGCCGCCCAAAGGCUCAGGAGGAUCCAGCCAACAGCACCGGGGUGGUGCUGAUGGCCCGGGGGUGCUGCGGGGCCCUCGAUGCCCCGCAGGGCCUGGGCCCAGGCCGAGAAGAGGAUGGUGGAGACCCAGCCAGUUCCCUGCGGCCCAUAGUGAUUGAUGGCAGCAAUGUAGCCAUGAGCCAUGGAAAUAAAGAAGCCUUCUCUUGCCGGGGAAUUCGUCUGGCUGUGGACUGGUUCAGGGACAGAGGACACACCUACAUCAAAGUUUUUGUCCCAUCUUGGAGGAAAGAGCCAUCACGAUCUGACACCCCUAUCCGAGAGCAGCACGUGCUGGAGGAGCUGGAGCGGCAGGGCGUGCUGGUGUAUACCCCGUCCCGCAAGGUCAACGGCCGGCGAGUGGUCUGCUACGAUGACCGCUACAUCGUCAAGGUGGCCUACGAGAAGGACGGCGUCAUCGUCUCCAACGACAGCUACCGCGACCUGCAGAGCGAGAACCCGGAGUGGAAGUGGUUCAUCGAGCAGCGCCUGCUCAUGUUCUCCUUCGUGAAUGACAGGUGAGGGGGCCGCGGUCAGCUCUGUCCCUCCCAGUCGCCUCCCGCUCGUGUCGGGCCUCCCCGAAGGCAGCACGCUCUCAGCACCAGCCCGUGGCCUUUCGGGUCUCACGGCGGACUGGAGCGACCCCUGCAAAGCUGCCGCGGCAGGUGAACCA